CAACGAGAGUGUGCUCAAACAUUAAAACUACCGACUGUAAAAUAUUAACGAAAACAUUCAUAAAGCAAGGAAACUAUCGGCAAAAUCGAUUCAAGCAUAACAAUGUAGGUGUUCAGAACAAAUCAAUCAUUUAUACGUAUUUAGAAAAGAAGCAACAAUUAAAAGUGGAUGAUGAACUAGUAGAAAAGUCCAGCAUGGAAGCUUUAGAUUUAGGCUUCGAAGAUAUUAGGGAUGCAUAUAAGAGUAAGACGUUAUGGGAAUUGGCAAGGGGGUUACUGGUUUUCAAACUAUGUGGUAACAAUAUCAUUAUGGAUAAUAACCAGAAUAUACUGAGAAAUACAAGGCAUAUAUUGGGAGAUAGAUUGUUCAAGUGGCUCAUGAAGCUCACAUUUUAUGGUCAUUUUGUAGCUGGGGAAGACGAGAACAGAAUCCAACCGACCCUACAACAGCUUCGCUCUUUUGGAGUUAAUCCAAUUUUAGAUUAUUCAGUUGAAGAAGACAUAAGCAAAGAGGAAGCUGAAAAACGGGAAGUAGCUGCUUCGGUACCGGAAGCCGGUGACAAAAUUGACGUGGAAGGAUCGCUGAAACAAUACCACGUGAACAAAAAGUUCGCAGAUCGAAGAUACAAAGUGACCAGCGCGCACACAUUCUUCUACAUAAAUGAGGCUAAUUGCGAGAGAAACAUGGUAAGCUUUAUUAAAUGUAUCGAAGCUGUGGCUGGUUAUCCCCACGGAAAAGGUUUCGCGGCUAUCAAAUUAACUGGUUUGGGAAGACCGCAGUUACUUUUGCAACUGUCAGAAGUCAUAAUGCGAACCAGGAAAUUUAUGACUCAACUCGUUGGAGAAGAAGGCAAUGUCCUGCGACAUCAUCUCAAACCGGAGGAUUUGAAAAAGAAACUUGAAUGUUUCGGGUCCAAAUUUAAUGUCGACGACUUUUUAAAAAAGGUCACCGCUGACAAAGAAGGAAUUCUACAUCUGUUUCCGUGGUCCGGCAUCAUCAACGACGAACUGCAGUUGGACCACACAUUCCUUAUACCCUGUUUGAAAACUGGAGAAAUGGUACCCCUAAUUACCCAACUAUCCGAACACGAACAGAAAACAUUCAAGAACAUGAUCCGCAGAAUGAAAACCAUCGCUAAAAUUGCAGACGAAUUGAAUGUAUACGUAGCUAUCGAUGCAGAACAAACGUACUUCCAACCGGCAAUAUCUCGAAUAGCCAUCGAACUCAUGAGAUUGUAUAAUAAAGAUGAAGCGGUGAUUUGGACCACCUAUCAAGCUUAUUUAAAAGACGGUUACAAUGAACUGUGUUCUGAUUUGGAACAGGCCAAAAGACAAAACUUCUGUUUCGGGGCUAAACUGGUACGAGGAGCCUACCUGGAACAAGAAAGGGCACGUGCCCGAGAAAUAGGUUACUCAGACCCAACAAACUCCUCAUACGAAGCUACAACAGAAAUGUACCACCGAAUGAUAGACAAAUGUUUAAAAAGAAUCAAAGAGCACAAGGAAUUGAAUGAAAUGCACAAAAUAUCAAUUAUGGUUGCCACUCAUAGCGAAGACUCCAUUAGAUAUUCCUUAGACAGAAUGAAAGCGUUGGAGUUAAAACCGGAAGAUAAAGUAGUAAGCAUUGGUCAGUUGUUGGGAAUGUGCGAUCAUGUGUCUUUCCCUCUAGCUCAAGCAGGCUACAGGGUGUUUAAAUAUGUUCCGUACGGUCCUGUAACCGAAGUGAUGCCUUAUCUGGCGAGACGGGUCGCAGAAAAUAAGGCUGUAUUGUUGAAAGUUGAAAAAGAAAAGGCGCUUCUAAUGAAAGAAAUCAUGAGACGUGUUGGAUGUGGUGAAGUCUUCUACAAACCGCGAGGAAAUUACUGUCCAGUUUAAUGGUUAUGUCGAUUGUGAGAAAUUUGAUGAAAAAUUAAAUGUAGCUGUCUGAUCAAAAUUAUUAAUAUACAAUAGUAUUUUUAAAAGCGAAUUGCUGGUAUUAAAAAGUCCCCAUACAAUAAAUAUAAUGUAAUGCAAUGUUUUUUUUUUAAAUGUAAUAUUUUAAUAUUUUUUGUUUUACUAUUAUGUUUUUCUUGUAUUUUUUUAUAGUAUGUACAUAUUUUUUCCGUAUAUGAAAAUAGAUUCUCUUCCUAUAAGGAAAUCCAGAUACUAACCUUUAAGUUUCGUUUUUAUUAUUUAGUUAAACAAACUUAAUAGGAGGAGUUCUUUUUAGUACUAAGAAUGUAAUACGACAGCUGAAGCCAAAUCUUUCUUUGUACUUUUUUCAUUUGGGGCUAACAAUAGACAAGUGGAUGUAACAGA